UCCGAUUUACAGCGGAGCUGUUUCCGGCUGUCGCUGGAGUUCAACAGCAGUGCAGCUAAACCUCUUUCGCGGUACUGUCCUCGGAGCUGUUGACAGUCAAAUGAAUGAACGCCUCUAACAAUCUAUUACUGAGCAUGUUCUAUUAACCCGUGGGAUCAGUCCCGAGUGGGCUGUGGCGAUGGUGAUUGUCUUAGAGACAUGUGUUACACGAAGCUCUCUCUGUGUGGCAGCUAGCGUCCAUCAAAUGACAGGGUAAUGGUUCUCACUUAUCUUGGAGCUGAGACUAAAACGCCGACUUAGAGAGCGAUGCCUCCGAAUAAACGCAUACAAAAGAAAACACUCAAGGUGGAGUGUGAGUGGGCUUCCUGUGGAGAUUCUUUCAGCCAGAUGGAAAACUUCUGUAAGCAUGCUGAAGCUCAUCUCACUGAGGAAGAGGAGGCGGCGGAAGAGGAGAGAAACUGUCUCUGGAGAGACUGUGGUUUCUGCUCCGUGGAUGGCCCUGAGGAGCUGCGACGCCAUGUCCUGUUCCACUGUUACCACACUAAGCUGAAGCAGCUGGGUCAGCAGGUCCUGGACGCCCAACCAGAACUGGGUAGCUGCUCCAUUGCCCACCACAACCGCAACAUCAUCCCAGACAUCCCUGACAACUUUGUCUGUCUUUGGGAAGAAUGUGAGCAAGCUCCGUAUGAAAACCCAGAGUGGUUCUACCGCCACGUUGAAAUGCAUACCCUGUCCAUUGAAAUACCGACUGGUGAAUGGGAGUUCCCCAUACGCUGUGGAUGGAAAGAUUGCGAAGCUACCGCUAAAGGGCGGCCCAAGCUGCGGGAGCACCUACGCAGCCACACGCAGGAGAAGGUGGUGGCGUGUCCAGGCUGUGGGGGGAUGUAUGCAAACAACACCAAAUUCUUCGACCAUAUGAUUCGACAAAACGCCAUGGAAGGUCAGAGGUUCCAGUGUUCUCACUGCUCUAAACGUUUUGCAACAGAAAGACUCCUCAGAGACCAUAUGAGGACCCACGUGAGCCACUACAAAUGCCCGCUGUGCGACAUGACCUGCCCGUCUCCCUCUUCGCUGCGCAGCCACAUCAAGUUCCGCCACAGCAACGAGAAGCCGUACAGCUGCGAGUACUGUGAAUAUAGCUGUAAAAAUCUGAUCGACCUGCGUAAACACCUGGACACCCACAGCAGCGAUCCGGCGUUCCGCUGCGACGUUCCCGGGUGUGGCUUCACCUCUCGCACACUUUGCACCAUGAAGAUUCACCACCAGAAAGAGCACGAGGGGACUUUUGCAGCUCGCUACAAAUGUCAUGUGUGCGGCCAGUGUUUCACCAGAGGCAACAGCCUAACUGUCCAUCUCCACAAAAAGCAUCAGUUCAAGUGGCCCUCAGGACACCCCAGGUUCAGGUACAAAGAACAUGAGGAUGGCUUCAUGCGACUGCAGCUGAUUCGCUACGAGAGCGUGGAGCUGACGGAGCAGCUGAUGAGGGAAAAGCAGAAGAGGCCGGUGGAGGAUGACGACGAUGACAGCGGCCAUGCUGAGGAUCAGGAGCUGGAGGAGGACCCUGUAGCGGCAGCUGCUGCUGCUUCACAGGUGCAGGUACAACUUAGAGGGGUUCUGCUGGAGGAGCAGAGGACUGAGGAGUCCACAAUCAGAAGUGAAGAUGCUGGACAGGUAGAGGACAUGUUGUAUGUCCUAACAGGAGGGGAGGACUCUGUCAUACUGCAGCUUCAGGGUGCGGCGCAGCAACAAGGCGUGCAGGUAGACUAACUUGAUUCAGGACUAAUCGGCGGCGCUGUUUGUCACUUUGGAACCGUGUAAAUAGACUGCUCAACUGUUGGUGAUGUCUGAUGUUAAGAAAUGAAACUGAAUGACUAAAUCCCCAUUUUAGGCUAUGCAAGCUGUAUUAUGUGUUGCAUUUGUUAAUGAAGAUCAUGUUUACUGGUAUUUGAAGCUAUUUUUAUUUAUUCGGUAACAUAUUGAGACUUUGAUGCUCCCAACAUAUCAGCUACAACUUUUACAGCUAAAUCAUGAAAAACAAUCAUGAACUUGGUAUUGACCAGAGUGUUUGAAGUCCUGAGAAAAGUUUCAUGUUUGACUUGUUCCACAGUUUGAAUAAAGAUUUAACGCUUUUAUUACGUUUGCUUCUAGUUUUCCUCAAAGUACUUGCUGACAUAAUAGCAGUUCCCUUGCAUUAUUAAAGGCUGGAUUGAUAUGUAACUUUUUACAAAGUAGCGUUGCAUGGUAACUGAAUCUGUCUUAUAUCUUAUCUUAUAAUCUUAUAAUGCUUUUAUUUAACUGAGCUGGAUGUAAUUGGAGUUUAUUUUGAACUGUGCUGGAGAGCUUACACCAUUUAUGCAGGACUCAGGUAAAUAUUUCCAGCAAUUCUUUUGGAAACUAUUCCUUCUGUCCUUUAUUGCACUGUCUCCUACUGUCUGUCAAAAAGUACUGCAGCUUAAAAAUAAAAAGAUGCAAAUACAA